AUGCAGCUGUUGGAGAGUGAUCUGAAGGUGAAGGAGUAUGAGCUCCUGAGGAGGAACUUCAGCGAUACCAGAUGCUUUGGUUUCGGUAUCCAGGAGCAUAUUGAUCUCGGCAUCAAGUGA